UCCGUUGCGUCACGAAGCAUGCGCCCUGUCAUAAUUCGCUCGUAGAAGAUUGGUCAUAGAUUAAAAUUACAAUAAUCGGGCCAUCGCUCAAGUCAGGUUCUGUGAUAAGUUAAUUUGUCGUGAGUGUGAACUGUUUGGUCUAAUGUGCAUUUAAGUGAAACAAAAUAAAUAUACAAGAUGCUUAUCAAAGAAUACCGUGUCACACUGCCCUUAACAGUCGAAGAAUAUCAAGUCGCUCAACUAUACUGCGUGGCGGAGGUCUCCAAAAACGAAACCGGCGGCGGCGAGGGCAUAGAAGUUAUUAAGAAUGAACCGUUCAAAGACUACCCGUUGCUCGGCGGACCUAGUAACCAGUCUUCAGACAUUAACGGCGGCAAGUUCUCAUCCGGGCAGUACACGUACAAGAUCUACCACUUGGCGUCGAAGGUGCCGGCCUUCAUCAGGCUGCUGGCGCCCAAGGGGUCCCUCGAGGUGCACGAGGAGGCGUGGAACGCUUACCCUUACUGCCGGACUGUUCUUACGAACCCUGGCUACAUGAAGGACAACUUCGUCAUCUGCAUAGAGUCCCUACACUUACCGGACGGUGGUGACCAAAAUAAUGUGCACGAGCUACCACCGGAGAAGUUAAAAAACCGAGAAAUCGUCCACAUCGACAUCGCCAACGACCCGCUCUCGUCGGCCGACUACAAGGCCGAGACGGACCCGACCAAGUUCAAGUCGGCCAAGACCGGCCGCGGCCCGCUGGUCGGGCCCAACUGGAAAGCCGACAUCAAGCCUGUCAUGACGUGCUACAAGCUGGUCACGGCCGAGUUCAAGUGGUUCGGCUUGCAGAGCAAAGUAGAAAAUGUCAUCCACAAAUCAGAACGGCGGUUGUUCACGAUUUUCCAUAGACAAGUAUUCUGCUCCAUGGACGACUGGCACGGCAUGACGAUGGCCGACAUCCGCGCCAUCGAGGACCGCACCAAAGAGGAGCUCGAGCGGCUCAGGCGCGAGGGAGAGGUGCGCGGCAUGCGCGCCGACAACGAGUAGACUGUGAGUGCGUGCGCAGGUCCGCGC